UCAGUACAAGCGCAGGGGUCCUCGAUUAAGGACGAGACAGGAAAUUCCUGCCCCGCAAUCGGGUUUCUCACUAUGCCAGGCGGCGAGGGGUCGAAUGACCCUACGAUCGAUUUCCAUAACGAUUUAAGAAAAGUUAUAAAUAAAGUAACGAGUUACACGACGGAUAACCGCGAGCGAAGUGGCGUGUGCGCGUCUCCGUCGAGCUCCGAAACAACUACAACGAAUAUGACAACCAACACUACUGAGCAUGAUAACGAUCCCGCCGCGAUUACCCUGAUCACGGGCGACGGCCUCAGGCGGAGAAAGGUCAUACGCGCGGCUAAAGAAACUUUUGACAAGGCAUCGCGCCUUCUGAGACGAAAAAUACCGUGCACAGGCCACCUAAUGACCCCCCGCCGCCUAUGGAUACAAAAGGUUCCGACUCAAGAAUGCGACGUAGUCAUGAUGUUUCCAAGUGGCGCGAGCGAUGAAACAUUAAUGUGGUUACUGGGACGACUGCGAGCUGGAACCCCGGGCCUCGUUGUUCACGUGCGUCAACAUACAUCAUCGGACAGUUAUGGCUUUUAUCUUACAGCGCCAUUUCCCAUCCUUCUCAAAGCUGCGGAGGAGGUUCAUUUGCCAAAAGUUUUGCGCGAAGAAUUCGGUGGCGGGCUGAAGGAAUUCGUAGGAUCCGAAGCGAGUUGUUUCGAGGGAAGUGACGACGAGACGAGAUUCUUCACGACCCAAGAACGCCAGUCCUUGGUCCUUCAUCUUCUCCACACGCUGCGAGCAACUUCGCACGAUCUUUCUAGUCUUCCCGGUCUUAAACUCGUCGAGGGACAGGCGAUCAUUCCUAAAUGUAUCUCAGCAGGGAUUAUAUCACAGGUAUUUCCAUUGCACGAACUGCCAGCCUUGGAGAAGCUACAGAGGAGCUGGGUCCGUGCUUUUUUAUCGCCACAACCCCUCGACGACAUUUGCAAUUAUUUCGGGGUUAAAAUCACCAUGUAUUUUGCUUGGCUUGGACACUACACCACCGCCCUCGUCGUUCCAGCAGUAGUGGGUGUCAUAUACUGGGUCGGCAUCAUAGGUAGGAACCAGGCGGUGGAAGACGUGGCCUACGUUCUAUUUUCUAUUUUCAACGUAAUAUGGGCAACGGCUUACCUCGAAACUUGGAAAAGGAGGGGAGCAGAACUCGCGUACAGAUGGGGCACCCUUGACCAGAGAGACGAUCUAUUGGUUGAGCCGCGACCUCUUUUCGUCGGAACUCUGCAAAUUUCACCUGUCACGGGACGAUUGGAACCAACGUAUCCGAACUGGGCGCGGAACAUCACUCGUUACUGCUUAACUGUACCUGUCAUUGGAGUCUCCCUCUUCUUCGUCUUCGUUGUCAUGAUUCUCAGCUUUCAAAUUCAGGAUUGGUGGGAUGCUCGUCUCGAGGCUGCAGGCUACGGUUUUUGGUUGAGCUACGUGCCAAAAGUUCUGCUUGCCGUUGUUAUCGCGCUUAUGGAUGAGGCUUACUUCAAGAUUGCCGUUUGGUUGAACGACGCAGAAAACUAUCGUCUCGACACCGAGUACGAGAACCAUCUGAUCUGCAAGGUGGCACUGUUUCAGUUCGUCAACUCCUUUCUCUCACUGUUCUACAUUGCAUUUUACCUUCAAGAUCAAGAAAGACUCAAAGAGCAACUAGCAGCACUUUUAAUAGCGCGUCAAGUGAUCAGCAAUCUGAAGGAGUCGGCGAUACCGUAUCUGAUCGAGCAGCUCCGACUGGCGAGACUGAGUUUCGAGCUUUUCGGUGCACUGAGUCCCAGCGAAGCGAGGCCGGCCCCGGGUGAAGAUUCGUCACUUCCGGCCGGUGAUCAAAUGGAUUUGAACGGGGCUGAAGAAAAUGGAAAAAACGAUGAGAAGGAGGAGAACGGAGGUGGGACGGACGGUGCCAAGGGAAUAAAACAACCGCGAAACGUCAGCCAAGCUGAACUCGAAAGUUCACUCUACAGAGUAGGACACCCUGCUAAUUCUCUACUUAGUGACGUUACUUUCAAGUACGACGGCGCAUUUUCCGAGCACCUGGAGAUGCUGUCUCAGCUGGGUUACGUGUGCCUCUUUUCCUCGGCGUUUCCUCUCGCUGCCCUCGCCGCGCUGCUCGGGAAUCUCCUCGAACUACGCGGGGAUGCUUUCAAACUCUGUUUCGUACUGCAACGACCAUUCGGAAGGCGAGUCUCGAGUAUCGGAACUUGGCAAAACGCGAUGGAGGCUAUGGGACUCGUGGCCAUUCUCGUCAACUGCGCUCUCAUCGCUCUAAGCGGACAAGUACAACGAAUGUUCCCGGAGAUGUCGGCGACCCAAACGAUCCUUCUGAUCGUCGCCCUCGAGCACAUCAUGCUCGCUAUACGCUUCGUCAUCAUCUGUGCCAUUCCGGAUAUCCCUAAUUGGGUUGCCACCGAGAUGGCCAAAGUGGAAUUCCUCCGGAGGGAAGCUGUCAGGAGACUCUCGUCGACUCCGUCCCCGGAACAACAACCGCCGACCGUUAUAGGGAGGUUCGUGGUACAUCCAGCAGACGGUGAAGGCGAGGAGGAACCUGAAAAUCAAAGUGCCUCAGAAGUGCCCGGUGACCCGUUGACCGCCGAAGGAAACAACGUCGAAUUAUCGCCGCCGGUUCCCAGUCAAACUGGAACUCCGACUUUGGUCUCGAGAACCCAAACGCCCAGUUCUCCACCGACACCGAGCGGAGUCACCGUCCCUCGAAUCGCAGAGACUCCACCGGCUCCUGAUACUCCUGGAAGCGCGAACAGCGUCAACGAAAGUGCUAGCCCCUUCUUGAGCGGCUACAACAUGGGCAGUACACGAGAUAUUCACAAUACUCCAAGAUGCUCCAUCCCCGGAGGUGAAAAAGGGAGACGAUCGAGAGACUGGUUGACGAGCGAUCACGAAUCUUCGCCGGGUGUCGAUCAGUACAGCCACCAUCUGACGAUCGGACCGCACGGAGGAGUCGACUGGGUCAGAAAGCUUGGGCUCGAUGGUUCUGGGCGAAAAGCGAGUGACUCCGAAAUCGGUGGUACUGGCACAGGGAGCAGUAGCGGCGACGAGCUCACUCUUCAUCGCUCAACGGAUUGCAUCGCCUCAAAAGAUCUCGCCUCUUCAUCGGAUAGCGAUUUACUUCGAUCCGCACCACCCUGGACGAUGGCGCACAAGAAUCAAAAGUUUCGCUUCUCCCCGGAGAAAGAAAGGGUCCGAGAGCGGGAGAAAGAAAAGGAAAAGCAAUUGCAGCAGCAGCAGCAGCAGCAGCAACAACAGCAGCAACAGCAGCAGCAUCAACAUCACCUGCAUCUCCAGCAACGGGAUCAUCAAGAUCGACGUUCCUCAGGUCUCGAAGCGAGUGGAGGUGGGCUCUCGGACUCGAGUCGAACGAUCUCGAGUCAAGAGGAUGAGAAAUCAAUGAAAGAAGAACGCGAAGCGAAGAAGACUCGGGUCAAGCAGAGUCUUAUGAAGAGAGCUCGCUCAGUCGCGAUAUUCUCGUUGAAAUUGAAAGAGAGAAGGGCUCGGGAAGCCGAGGUCAAAGCGAAGGAGGCGGAGAGGGAAGCGAGAUGGCAACAACCCCAAUCUUGCGUCGGUGGUGAACUCUCGUGUAUACCAAUUGAAAAGCUCAUAUCGGUCGACGACAUUGCCGCUAUGGAGAGUCGCAGCAGAAUGAAUCACUGAACUUCUCAUGCCUUUCUCUUAGUUCAUCUCUAACCUCUUUCUCUCAUUCUGAAUCUUCUAGUCCCAGAUAUAUUCGUACCCUUAAUAUACUCUUAGAAUGUAUGUUGAGGGGUAUCUUUCCGUACAGAGAUUCUUCAAAACGCAUGAGUUCAUGGAAAAAAAAACGUGUUUAUUAUGUAUAAUACGGCAGCUGGAUUUUUAGUCAAUUAAAUGCAAAUUCUCGGGAAAAAUCUAUUGAGAAAAUCUAGGUGUCAGUAGCGAGUAUCUGUCAAUUCAAUAAUUAGUUACAAAAACGCGAAGAGGAAUCAUUGGAAUUCGUAAAUAAAUUCAUCGUGAAUUUGAAACGAAAUGAAAAAGGCUCGGUGAGCUUUACUAAAUCGGAUUCUAUGAAGAGCUUUCGAUAAAUCUCGCUGUGAAAUUCCAUCCCAGCUUCUUUCCCUGAAUCCAGGGUGAUCAUGAUCGAAUUUUUUGAAUCCCUAACCGAGUCCAUUGCCUCCAACGCUUCGAAAUUCGUUGCAAAAUCAUUUUUGUUUGUUGAGCAUCAACAGACUGAUUCAGCUUGAAAAUCGAAGCAACGAAUAUUUUCUUAUUGAGUUAUGCAUUCCCUCAAGAAACUAGUGGUUUAACGAGCGCUCUUGAACUCGCUUCGAACGUACAGUCGCAAGCGCAAGGCAAUGAUAAAAAAAGAACGAAAAAAACUGACUCGUUUCGCCGGUCUAUUGGGACGCACAAAAUUAUAUAAGAGUUAGAUGAAUAAGGAGCGAAAGAGAGGGAGAGAGAAGAAGAAGUGAAACGUCCAUACGUAAAAGCUACCCUGCCAAACUGAUAUUAAUCCCAUCGCCAUCCAAGCAACUCGGUCGUUCGUACGGUGCCAUUCCCCACGAAAUUCCAUGUGGAAGUGGAAAAAAGAGCCGCUCGAGCUUAAUUGGCCCUUCAUUUAAUCCGCUCGUUCAUAGCUUCUCGACAAACGUCGAUUUUGUCUCGAGUUUAUGAAAAACCGUCAUGGCAAUCGUCGCGGUUCGAACGAAAUGUACAAAGCAGACUAAGCGAGCCUCGCCCUCAUGAGCUUCAAUAACUUUAAGUUAUUCAUCAAUUGUAAGAACGACGCAAUCAACUGGAACAGACGAACCAAACGAUCGCCUUUACUGAUGUAUAACGUGCUUGGGAACGUAAUCGUGGCAGCGAUAACGACCGAAAACAAUGUUGAAAUAUUCGUUUGAGCUACUUGGGAAUAAAAUGAGUUACGAAAACUCUAGUCCAUUCAGAUAAAAUCGACAUAUAGCGAGACUCACACCUAGAAAAAUGAUGUAGAUAAGAUGAUGUGUCAGAGGCUUAGAAUACUUUUGAUUAAUUCAUAGAAAGAAAAGCACACAUUUUUGUAAAGUACUGAACAAACUUCAAUUUACUAAAACGCAUAGAUUAUAAAACCAUAACUUCUCGGAGGAGCGACAGAGAGAAAGAGAGGGAGAGAAAACAGCGACCUUAAUGAGCCAGAUAAAUACGUAAAUAACCAUUGUUACAGUUGUUGUUGAUGCUGAAGAUGUAAGUUGUUAAGCGCUGCUAUUGUUGAUUAGAUGAACCGGUGGGACUGAGAUCGAUGAUUGAAUAGUACGUAGCCACUUUGAUAACGCUACCACCGACACUAAUUCACCGUCAAGUACCUGACGAAUUCACGGAUAAACGAGCCGCGCAGAGACCCAAACGUGAAAACCUUCCUUUGUCGGUUAUACUGAAAAAUUUCUUCUAUUGAUACCUUUCCCUUAAAAAUUGCGGUGUCACUCUUCGGUUUUUGUUGACAUUUUCAAAUCAUUUGAAAAUUUUUAUUUUCACUGAAUCUAUCGUUCCAGACUUAUUUUUCUAUCAUCCGAGUCCGAACGAAACUGAACAAAUCGAAAUUAUUCCCUGAGGAACGAGGAGCAUCGAGCACCUUAAAAUCCACUUCGUGCGUGCAACUAUUUUUCGUCACUUAUUUUGCCAUAAACCGCAUCGAUAAUUUAUCUAUUACGUCGAUUUUCCUUUAAAUCUAAAAGAGAAUAGGGUUUAAACGUGAAAUAUCGCAGAGUGAAAAUUUUAUUUUGAACUUCAGUUAAUUCCAUCGUGACUAAAAUUCAACGAAAACUUACCACACGGUUAGAGCAUUCGAAUUUGGAAUAUCAGGUUCAGUUCUGUCUCCAAGAAUCCCGAAUGAUAAGUGAUAUUUUUUCAUAGCUAGGGCGUUCUGUAAAUAAAAACCAUGAUUAUAAGCAUGUAAAGAUUGUGACACGGCUAGUUAAAUAGCGGUCUAAAAAAGCUUCGAACAUAGUGUUUUGAGUUUGUUGCAUUCGUCUAGCUUCGUUUUUCCACAAUAGAAAACCGUCUUGAUUUUACUAAGCCACAAGAACUAUGAAAAUUUGAUUUCAUUAAACUUGAGUUUACAUAAGAAAACGCAUUAAAAAUCUAUUGAAUCGUUUUUAUUUACUGUAUUAUGUGCUGUACCCUGAAUAUUAGACGAUUAUUGCUGACGUUGCUGCUGCGAUACCCAUUAACGUGAGCUAAAAGUACCUCACGACGAGUAUAUGAGAACCCUGAAAAUGUCUAAACGCAUUAAUAUAAUGAUGAUGAUUAUGAUAAUAAAUAAUACGUGUUUGUUAGAUGUUUUGUAUAAAACAGAGAAACGAGCAAAUAGAUGAAAAAAAAAUCUA